UUCCGCGGAAGUUAGUGUAACCAGGGCAACAGCUGAUGACGUGGCAGGUCGCGGGCAGAAUGAAAGUUAGCCAGUAAAAACACGGACAGACCUGAAGGUUUUGGACUAUAACCAAACAAUGGAGGGACAAGGAGCCGUUAAAGAAAGACUCGUCGUUCCCACAGACUUCAUCUCUCCGCUGGCUCCCAAAAAGAGCCACACAGACCUGAUCCCACCGUCACAUUUUGCCACCAGUGUCAAGCCUGCACGUGCCCGCACGGGAGUCCAAUUUUUAGAGACUCCUUUGUCUGUCUGGAAUAAAGAAAAUCCACCGUCUCUGCCACCUUGUAGUCCUGAUAACCCAUGGCCCACCAUUUCUCAGAGACAUAAAGCGAUCUUGGAACUGAGGAAGGAGAAGGAGAGGAUGUUAUGUGAUCGAGCGAGAGCUUCGGUGGAUCAUGGCUCUACUUUUGGCCUCAGAUCCAAAGAGCAAAAUGAGCAGCUGCUCAUGUGGGAAGCAGAGUGGCGGCUGAAGGCAGAAACACACAAAGCAGAAGCAGAGAGGUUUAAGGGCCAGGUGGAGGCUCUGAAGGAGACUGCGGAACAAUACCGAAAAGAAAUUCAAGAAAGAGAUGUUACAUUAAACAAACAGAGUCGUGACUUGGAUGUGAUGCGUGAAGAGCUAUUCAAGGCUAAAACAGAAUACCGCCAAAUGAGAGAGGAGCUGACUCAAACCAGUUCGCAGAAGGAUAAAAUAAGCUCACAGCUCGAGCGGCUAAAAAGAGAGUCGGGUGAGGAGCUUGAGAAACUGAGGAAAGAUCUUCAGACCAGCAGAGACGAGGUUCAGGAGCUCAGGCAGCAGGUGGAAAACCAGGCUACAACCUCAGUCCUUCAACUUAGCAAACAACUUGAGGAAAUUCAGAAGAAGCAUGAGGUUGAGUCGGAGCAGCUGAGAACCUCCCACUGUGCAGAGAUGGCGGCGGCAAGAGAAUCAAACUGUGAACUUCAGAACCAACUUCAAUCGCUGUCCGCAGAAGUGCCGAAGUUGAAAAGCAUCCUUGCAGACGUUUCUGCUGAGAAAGAGGGUCUGCAAGAAAAGCUGAGUGAAAUGGAGGCGGCUUUCAAAGGCCAGUCUGAAACACUACACAGUCUACGAAAUUACAUUGGCCAGCUCGUCCCUGAGAGAGGCGAGGCAGAGCAACUGCACGAAGCUGUCAAGAGGCUGAGCAAGGAGAAGGCGGUUCUUGAGAAAACCACCCAACUCCUGACUGUCAGACUGAACUCUGUCAGUGAGAUCCUCGACCUCCAAGAGGAAAAGAUGUUGAAGAAGAUUCCAGCUGAUCCACUGGUAAAGAAUGGAUCUGAAAGCAUUCAUCUUCUUCGGCUUUGGAGGGAGAAAGUCUUUAAGUUGUGCAUCCAGCUACGAUCAAAAGACGUGGAGCUCAGCAGAGAGAAGAACCAGCUUCUCACUCAGAUCCAGUGUGCAGAGCAGGGUCUCCAGCAGGAGAGGCUGCGAGUGAGUGUGCUCCAACAUUCCCUGGACGCCAGGGUCGCUGAGCUGGACCAGGAGAAAAUGGAAAAGGAGUCUCUGGAGCAAAACUUGACUCAGACUUGCCGGGAGAACUUGCAGCUGAAGUCCCGCAUCCACACAUUCAAAGAUGAGCUGCAAGCCGUAAAAGAAGCCGUACACAAGUUCAGCCUGGCGUUUGAAAACAAAUUGGGUGAAGUCAAUUCCGCUCAAGCAGAACUGAGCACACUGACUCAGAGGCUGUCGUUUGCCAAAAGCCGCGUUGAAACUGUACAAGGUUUGAUCAUGAGGAGGGCAGCGCUGCAAAGUGUCCAGCAGGCCAGUCAACAGGCCGAGCUCGAGACGAGCAGCUUCAGAAAACUCCGGUCUGAGCUGACUUUGGUGUGUGAAGAGAGAGACAAGCUAACGCAGGAGCUCAAAAGAACCCCGGAGCUUAUCGAAAAUGCCUUGACUGGAAUGAAAGAGAAAUACGAGGGCCAACUCAGGCAGCAGCAGGGGGAGCUGGAGGAGAGUCGGAUGGAGGUCAGAGAGGCAACAGCGGCUGGCGAGGAGGACCGGAGGAGGCUGCAGCUCCUCCAGACCCAGCUGGAGAUGAGCAAGCUCGACCUGGAGAAGCUCCACUCUGAGCAGAUCAGCCAGCAGGAGGCGAGCGAGCGGGCCCUGCAGGAGAAGGUGUCUGAGAUCGAGAGUCGAUGCGCUGACAAGCUGAGUUGGAUGGAGGAUCAACUGAGAGUGGCCCAGAGGGAGCACACCAGAGCAGUAAUGGCUCUGCGUCGCUUUGAGAGAGACGCUGCGAGGGCGCGGACACACACAACGGUCUGGGAUAAACAAGCGGUCGAUACCAGGUCGGACACACAUGAGCAAGUAAACACAAUCAGCAGGGAAGUUGUACAUGCCGGUCCUGAACCCGUGCAGCAUGGCAGACCAUCGGAGGGGAGAGGUGCCCCCAUGUCUUCAGAAGGAGUUGCGCUCACUUGCCGGGGAACGAUGUGGACGCGGACAGUAGCGGCGGUGCUGGUCCUGUUGGGCCUGUGCGGAGACUCGAUGGCGGGCUUCCCGAACCAGAUCAACAUCGGAGGUCUCUUCAUGCGCUCCACGGUGCAGGAGCACAGCGCCUUCAGGUUCGCGGUGCAGCUCUACAACACCAACCAGAAUGUGACAGAGAAACCCUUCAACCUCAACUACAACGUGGACAACCUGGAGUCGUCCAACAGCUUCUCCGUCACUCACGCCUUCUGCUCCCAGUUCUCCCGAGGAGUUUACGCCAUCUUCGGCUUCUACGACCGCAGGUCCAUGAACACGCUGACCUCUUUCUGUGGGGCGCUGCACACCUCCUUCAUCACGCCCAGCUUCCCCAUCGACGCCGACGUGCAGUUUGUCAUCCAGAUGAGGCCCAGCUUGAGGGGAGCCGUGCUCAGCCUCCUGGACCAUUACAAGUGGGAGAAGUUCGUCUACCUGUACGACACUGACCGAGGCUUCUCCAUCCUGCAGGCCAUCAUGGAGUCGGCCGUGGCCAACAACUGGCAGGUGACGGCUCGCUCCGUGGGGAACAUCCUGGACCCCACCGAGUACCGCCGCAUCAUCGAGGAGAUGGACCGGCGGCAGGAGAAGCGCUUCCUCAUCGACUGCGAGGUGGAGCGGAUCAACUCCAUCCUGGAGCAGGUGGUGAUCGCAGGCAAGAACAGCCGAGGGUACCACUACAUCCUGGCUAACCUGGGUUUUUCCAACAUGAGCCUGCACAGAGUCUUCGCUGGUGGAGCCAACAUCACAGGCUUCCAGAUCAUCAACCCAGACAGCUCCAUCGUCCAGCAGUUCCUCCAGCGAUGGGAGCGCCUUGAUGAAAGAGAAUUUCCAGAAGCCAAAAAUACUCCACUCAAGUACACGUCAGCGCUGACCCACGACUCCAUCCUGGUGCUGGCUGAAGCCUUCCGCUACCUCCGGCGCCAGCGGGUGGACGUCUCUCGCCGGGGCAGCGCGGGCGACUGCCUGGCCAACCCCGCCGUGCCCUGGAGCCAAGGCAUCGACAUCGAGAGAGCCCUCAAGAUGGUGCAGGUGCAGGGGAUGACAGGAAACAUCCAGUUCGACACGUUUGGCCGAAGAGCCAACUACACCAUCGAUGUGUACGAAAUGAAGUUAGGCGGCCCCCGCAAGAUCGGCUACUGGAAUGAGUUCGAAAAAUUUGUAUUUAUAAUGGAUCAGCAGGUCACCAACGAGUCCUCCUCUGUGGAAAACCGAACAAUUGUGGUCACUACUAUUAUGGAAGCGCCGUAUGUGAUGUACAAGAAAAACUAUAUGCAGAUGGACGGCAACGACCGCUACGAGGGCUACUGCGUGGACUUGGCGUCUGAAAUCGCCAAACACGUGGGCAUCAAAUACAAGCUCUCCGUGGUGCCGGAUGGCAAGUACGGAGCCAGAGACCCGGAGACCAAGACCUGGAACGGGAUGGUGGGGGAGCUGGUGUACGGGAGAGCUGACAUCGCCGUGGCGCCGCUGACCAUCACGCUGGUGCGAGAGGAAGUCAUCGACUUCUCCAAACCCUUCAUGAGCCUGGGGAUCUCCAUCAUGAUCAAGAAGCCGCAGAAGUCCAAGCCAGGGGUCUUCUCCUUCCUGGACCCUCUGGCCUACGAGAUCUGGAUGUGCAUCGUCUUCGCCUACAUCGGCGUGAGUGUGGUGCUCUUCCUGGUCAGCCGCUUCAGUCCCUACGAGUGGCACCUGGACGAGAACGAUGAGGCCAAAGACCCUCAGAGCCCCCCAGACCCUCCCAACGACUUUGGAAUUUUUAAUAGCCUGUGGUUCUCCCUGGGCGCCUUCAUGCAGCAAGGAUGCGAUAUCUCACCAAGGUCUCUCUCCGGACGCAUCGUGGGAGGGGUGUGGUGGUUCUUCACCCUCAUCAUCAUCUCCUCCUACACGGCCAACCUGGCUGCCUUCCUCACCGUGGAGAGGAUGGUGUCGCCCAUCGAGAGCGCCGAGGACCUGGCCAAGCAGACGGAGAUCGCCUACGGAACGCUAGACUCCGGCUCCACCAAGGAGUUCUUCAGGCGCUCCAAAAUAGCUGUUUACGAGAAAAUGUGGUCGUACAUGAAGUCGGCCGAACCGUCGGUGUUCGCCAAGACGACACCGGACGGGGUUGCUCGAGUGCGAAAGUCGAAGGGCAAGUUCGCCUUUCUUCUCGAGUCUACUAUGAACGAGUACAUAGAGCAGCGGAAACCCUGCGACACCAUGAAAGUGGGCGGGAACCUGGACUCCAAGGGCUACGGCGUGGCCACGCCCAAAGGCUCCGCAUUAAGAAAUGCUGUUAACCUGGCAGUGUUAAAACUGAAUGAGCAAGGCCUCUUGGACAAAUUGAAAAACAAAUGGUGGUACGACAAGGGAGAGUGCGGCAGCGGGGGAGGUGACUCUAAGAACUCCUGUAAACCUCGCAGUAUUGAAACUCAGUGAACAAGGCAUCUUAGACAAGCUGAAAAACAAAUGGUGGUACGAUAAAGGUGAAUGUGGAACCAAGGACUCGGGAAGUAAGGUCAGUCGCUGCAGGUCUCCACACACUGACAAUACACUGUGACCUGUUCAUGAGCUCCACUCACACUGACUCUCACACACACAGUCACACACACCAGCAGCAUGUUCACUAACAUUGUCUCAUACUCGGAAUUGAACCAUUGUGCUGCUGCUUUAUCGUCCAAACCUUUAUUGAAAUUUACUUUAUUGGUGUUUUGUCCAUUUGUUUAAGACCCAAGUGUCCGUCCUUGAUCUGACGCUGCCCCAGCAGAGGAAACCAAAACGUUCUCAGCUGAGAAGAAGGAAAGGGUUGACUUUAUGGAGGGAGCAACAAAGCCACUGGGACCAAAUCAGAGCUCGUGCAGGCGACGUGCUCAGUUCACAGUUGAUGAGGAGAGAGGAGACUGUGGAAGAUUAUUAUUAUUAUUAUUAUUAUUAGAAGCAGUAGCAGUACUAGUUCAUUAUUAAUAGUCAUUAUUAUUGUUAUUAUUAUCAUUAGUGUUAGUAGUAGUCGUGAUAGCAGUUGUAUUAGUAUUAGUAUUAAUAUUAGUAUUCCGUUGGUAUAGAAUAUUUUUGAGACCAAAUUAGAGGGUUCAGCAUGGGCGAAACACUCGGGACAUAACCCAAUAUUAUUAUUAUUAUUAUUAUGAUUAUGAAUAUUUUUUUAUAUUUUAUUUUUAUUGUUUUUUUUAUUAUUUUAAUUUUUUAUAAGCAGUAGCAGUACUAGUUACUUCUUAUUAGUAUCAUUUUAUUAUUAUCAUUGUUAUUAAUAGUCAUGGCAGUAGUAGCACCAGUAUUUGUAGUAGUAUGUGUUGGGACCAAAUCAGAGUUUUUAGUGAAUGUAGAAAACGGAGUGAGGAAAAUGUCAGUUUCGUUCAUCUGGACUUGUAAUCGAUGUCAGUUUAAUCAGAAUGACUGAGGGACCAAAUCAGAGCUUGUCUGCCCGUCAGGAUGCUGAGACGUUCUGCGCCGUACAAAUGCUGAAACUCACAUAAAUUAAUUUCAAUGUCAUCGUUUGGCUUUGAGCAGCAGCAGAAUGGUUCAGUUCGCAGCUCGGAACUUUGACUGUGCAAAUACUGUUUGUCGGAGUUAAAGAUGCUAGCUGAGCAGUAGCUAACCCUCUGUAGACCUGUACGACCACGACCGCCUUCCUGCUAGCUAGCUAGCGAGCGCGGCGUAGCAGCACCACAACUCUGCAUUCACCUUCUCCGAUUACUGACGGUUGCUAGCGAGUUGGCCUGAAUGUCCUAGCGUAGCCUGAUAGCUAGCAGGAUGUGUAGCAGUGCAGGCUUGACUCUGCCCCCUUAACGGUGGUCUCUGCCUCCCCCAGGACAAGACAAGCGCGCUGAGUCUCAGCAACGUGGCCGGAGUCUUUUACAUUCUGGUGGGGGGACUCGGCCUGGCCAUGACCGUGGCCUUGAUCGAGUUCUGCUACAAGUCACGGCAGGAAACCAAAAAGCUCAAGCUGGCCAAGAACGCCCA